AUGAGCUUUAGCGAUUCCAAAUGGAUUUAUUUCUUAGCGAUUCUCGGGUUUUGCAAGUUAGAGACUGAAGAAAUGUUGUCAAAAGCGUACACACAAAAGAGGUGUGUUGCCAAUUACUUUUUGGACAUUGACAAUAUCUGUAAAGGGUGCCCUCCAGGAAUAUUUGGAUUGAAUUGCAGUCAGAAAUGUCCAAGUGGCACGUAUGGGCAAUUUUGUUCAAAAUCUUGUCAGUGUCCCCCAGACAGAUGCGACAGAACACACGGUUGUGAAGCAAAUACAAAAAGAACUACUCAGAAAACCAUCGUUUUGGAAUGCAUUGCAGACAAAGUCCUGGAGAAUGAAGAAAAGUCAGGAAUGUGUGUAUCGACAGAUGGUGUGCUUCAGUGCUGUCUGAGCUUUUACUUGACAAAUAACACUUGCAAAGCCUGUCCAGCUGGGACGUAUAACAAUAACUGCUCCGAUCCCUGUCCGCCUGGACACUAUGGAGAAUUAUGUUCCAAAGUAUGUGACUGUCCAGAAGCCUCAUGUGAUAAAGUACAUGGGUGUUCUCAAAAAGCCUGUGGCGUUGGGUUCUUUGGUGACAACUGCAAUCAAACUUAUCCGUACGGCCAAUAUGGAAAACUAUGUGGAAAACAGUGUAAAUGUACAACUGGUGAAUACUGUGACAAAGCGUUGGGGUGUGUAACUAAAGAUAGUAAAACUUCAAGAAUGGGCUGGACAAAAACAGAAUCAACUAUAGAGAUAGCAGUAAAAGAGUCUACCACAAUACCGACAGAAACAAAGGAACAGACGAAUAACAAUAUCAUAUUUAUUUUAAUGGGUGCAGUAAUAGCCUUUCUUUUUCUUAUAAUACUUUUGACAAUUGUUAAGAAAUUGUGUUCUGUCCAUUCAAAGAGAAAAUAUAUCAAAAAGGAAAAUAUAAUGGAAUUUAAUAAGGAAGGUAAUGAAAUAGAAGUAUAUCACGAAAUAAACAUGGAUGAAAUGUUGGCUAAUCAGAUAGAAUUGCCUGAUAAUCGUUACAAUAGAAUAAUGGACGAUGUAGUGCGACCCAAAUAUUUGCAAAUAGGAUCCAAAAUAGAAAAGGAAAUAAAACAAACAUAUAAUGAAAUUGACAAGGAAAAUUCAACUACGACCGGAAAUAAUGGAGAAUAUUUAGAACCGGAGUCAAGUGGGCGAGUGAAUGCAUACAUAGAAGUUAUAGAACCUUUGAUACAUAACUCUGACUCUUUAAAUUGUGACCAAGAUGGCGGAAGCUCCUCAAACAAGUCUGACCGGUCUUAUCAGGAUACAGGGACACUAGCACAAAGUGACAUGUCAUGUCCCAACGACAUCAGUGAUCCAAAGACACACAAAUCGAAAAAUAACGAAUAUUUAGAUGUUGUCAAUGAGUUAUAAUUAACAUGGAAUGAAAAUAAAUUUGAUAGAAAGCUCAAUAUUUUAUGUAGUUAUUUGUUUUAGAUUUAAUUUAAUAUCAAACACCUACUUAUUGCUAAUUGAAAACGGAACUAAUUCUAAGUAUUCCCAACAUUGCGAUUUUUAAGUAUUUAGUUAUAUGCUUGAUUUAUGCAAUCCGAGGAAAUUGCAGUGUAUUUUAAAAAUUUGAUUAGUCAAUGAUUUUAACUAAAAUACAUGCGUACAACUGUAACAGGGGUAUGGUAAGAAACACAAAACUCGUGUCAGGGUUCUUUAUUUAUUCACACUGGAGUGACUUAUGGCAUACAUCAAUUUAAACACAGCCCUGUUAACAUAAUAAAACAACAAUAAAUAGAAUGUAAAUAUCACGCACAUAAUGCUCAUUACUUUACAUGAAGGUAAUAUAUACAUAGAUUAUCCUCCUAAGUUUACACAUUAUAAUCAAAGGGAGAUAACUCUCGAAUAUAUAAAUCUUUACAUAUUUCUCCCAAAAUAGUCAUAAAAAAUUUCCAAGAUAAAAACAUAUUAAUCUCACCAUUUCAUGGGAAUAGGCUUUCCCAUCUGCUCAAUAAUUGUCUAAUUUACAAGUGUCUAUGAAUGGUGAUUUGUAAUUUAAUACAAUGAUAUUUAAAAAUAUUAUCUCUUAAUAAGUUCAAAUGGAAAUAGCUUUUGCAUACUAUAGGAUACACAUUUAAAAUAAGAAAAUAUUAGUAACUUACCAGGGAAGGAAAUCUUCAGUCUCAAGUCAAUGUCUAUAAGUCUGGUCUGAUCAACCAUGGAACAAAGAAUGGUCAUGAUAAAGUGGGAAAACUCUAGACCAGGCAAGAUAACCAAUC